AUGGACAUACGUGAAGAAGGCAGUGUUAGAGACUUGAUUUCCAUUGAAAACGAGGAUGUUCGAAGAAGUGCCCGAGGAAGAACAAAUGAUAUGAACAAACCACGUCGUACCAUUCAAGCAUUGAGCGAGUUCAGCGAAGAAGGCUUGUUGAGAAUAGAGGCCCGGGUGGAACGCGACCUCGCCAGAGAACGCGAGAAGGUGGCCCGUGGCGGGCAAAACUCCAACCCCUCCCUCAAAACCCUCCACCGAAAAGCCAACCCGCUAUUCGAGCCCGAAGCCUACCACCCAAAAAUGCAUCAGAAGCCUAACCUUGUCCGGUAG